UCAUCUUUUUCUGUACCUAUUCAUUUUCUUCAUCGUUUCUGGCUUUGUUGAUUAUCAUUAAGCUUCAAUCCAUGGCCUCGUAUUAUGAUCAAAAACAAGGAAAGCCUUUACCUAAGUUUGGGGAAUGGGAUGUGAAUGAUCCUGCUUCAGCUGAAGGAUUCACUGUUAUAUUCAACAAAGCCAGAGAUGAAAAGAAAGUUGCCUCAGUCUCGGGACGAUUCCCUUCUCAGCGAAAAUACGAUUCUCGAAAACGCAAGAAUCAAAAAAAGAGCAAGAGUGCCUCUAACAACACAAAGAAAAAAUGGUUUUGCUUUGGCCCUUAGAGGAGGAUAACAUAAGGAGGUGUUCGUUGAUGGGAAGAAGUAUCGAUUGAAAAUGUUAUUAUUACUUAAAUUUGUUCUUGAGACUCUGGUGAAGUGAAUAGUGCAGCUGAUCGAUGAAUCUUCUUUUAGUUGUUUCAUGUACUGUAUUGUGUGUUAUUUAUGAAUUGCAAUAUACUUACAUGAAUCAAUGUUGCAAUAUAC